AUAUAUUUCACUUUUUAUCAAACUCAAACUCAUAUAAAAAUUAUAAAUAAAACAUAUUAUUUUCUAUCUGGUUUUUCUAGCAAAAAAUUCUUGCUUAAUUAAGUAAAAUUUAAAUUGUAAAAAAAAAUUGCAAAAUUUUUCGUAAAAAAUUAAUAAUAGUGUAAGCGUAUACUUAAAACUUAGCAACGAGAAUGCUUGUAACCACCUACCAACACGAUUACGUACCGCCCUUCACCAAGCGCUAUGAGUUCGUUAAGAAGCAAGACAAGGCGGAAAAGGAGAAGGAGGAGUGUCAAUGCAUUGACACGGCCAAAAUCGAGGUGCCCAAAGCCGCACAGGAGAAAUGCGAAAGCUCGGCGGAGUGGACGGGCAUUGCGCCAAUGGGACGCCUACUCGAUCCACGCAUUAUACCGACCAAAUUGACACCCGAGCAGGUUGACAACUUAGCCAAAGACACGGAAGCCGAUUGCUUUAAAGCGCAACCGAAUCGUUUUCUACAAAUAUUGCGCACCGCCUACCCGGAUCUGUAUGAUCGCCUUAAGCAAAUGCCUAAAGAUGAGCUGAAUAGACGUUUGGAGCGCCAACGUCUAUUUACAACAUAUCAAAUUGAUUAUUGUAAUAUGAAUGAAUAUCCGGAGGGUAUAUAUGAGAGCCUCAAAGAGAAGGAUGACACCGCCAAACUCAAUGCGACGAAAUUGCUGCAGAAAGAGGGCCCUUGUGAUGUCUUCCGCGCCAAUGUGAUGAAGGAAUUGGACAAUCAAACGCGCAACCCCACCAUUACCGAUCCCUGUGAGCAUGCGUACAAGCCAUUCAAGAUCUCCUUUACGGACAGCGCACGUUUCAUUAAUAGUGGCAACAAUUCACAUUGGCGCAGCAAAGCGUUCGUUACGCGCGCCAACUUCUCCGAGUACAUGGAGACGAUUAGUCGCAAUGGUUGUGUUAUUACGAAAAAUAAUAUACAUGAUCAUAGUAAAUGCGGCAGUAAUGGCAAACAUUGCCGCCAUCCGCUGCUGAAUGUGUGCAUAAAUCAUGUGCGCUGAGCAUAUAACGAAGCGAACGCAGCACGUAUACUUAAGAAGUUUGUAAUGUGUUCUAUGCUUUCUUUUUUAUAUGCUUGGAUAAGUGUCAGCGGUGUUGUCGCCGGUGCAUAUUUGGUUUGUUUGCCAGUUAGUUUGCAAUGCAAUGCAAUCUUGCGUUCAUGAAUGAAGGUGUGUAAAUUUGAUGCUCCAUUUUAUGGUGGAUUUUUAAGUUUAACAAUUACACUACACUGUACAAUGUUAUGGCACUAAUGGAAUUUUAGUUAAAUUUUUAGAAAAAAAAAAAUA